AUGGACAGGUUCCGAAUGCUCUUCCAACACUUCCAGUCCAGCUCGGAGUCGGUGAUGAACGGCAUCUGCCUCCUGCUGGCUGCUGUCACCGUCAAGAUGUACUCCUCCCUCGACUUCAACUGUCCCUGCCUAGAGCGCUACAAUGCCCUCUAUGGCCUGGGCCUGCUGCUCACACCCCCUCUGGCCCUCUUCCUCUGUGGUCUCUUGGUCAAUAGACAGUCUGUGUUGAUGGUGGAGGAGUGGCGCCGGCCAGCAGGGCGUCGGAGGAAGGACCUGGGCAUCAUCAGGUACAUGUGUUCCUCUGUGCUGCAGCGAGCUCUAGCAGCACCUCUGGUCUGGAUCUUACUGGCCCUCCUUGAUGGGAAGUGUUUUGUGUGUGCCUUCAGCAACUCCGUUGACCCUGAGAAGUUUCUGGACUUUGCUAAUAUGACCCCCAGCCAGGUGCAGCUCUUCCUAGCCAAGGUGCCCUGCAAGGAAGAUGAGCUGGUUAAAACCAGCCCAGCUCGCAAGGCUGUGUCUCGGUACCUCCGGUGCCUGUCACAGGCCAUCGGCUGGAGUAUAACCUUGCUGGUGAUAGUGGUGGCCUUCCUAGCCCGCUGUCUGAGGCCCUGCUUCAACCAGACCGUCUUCCUACAGCGCAGAUACUGGAGCAACUAUAUGGACCUGGAACAGAAGCUCUUUGAUGAGACAUGCUGUGAGCAUGCGCGGGACUUCGCACACCGCUGCGUGCUGCACUUCUUCGCAAGCAUGCAGAGCGAGCUACGCGCUCUGGGCUUACAUCGGGACCCAGCUAGUGGGAUCCUAGCGUCACAGGAACCCCCGAAGCCCCCUGAGGAGCCGGAUAGUGAAUGCGGGAAGGCCCACCUGCGUGCAAUCUCCAGCCGAGAGCAAGUGGAUCACCUCCUAAGUACCUGGUACUCCAGCAAGCCACCGCUUGACCUCGCAGCGUCCCCAAGGCUCUGGGAGCCUGGCCUCAAUCAUCGUGCCCCUAUAGCUGCUCCAGGCACCAAGCUGUGCCACCAGCUUGAUGUAUAGGGAUCUU